AUGUUUAGUGAGUAUUUGCAUAAACUGAACGACCUCCAAAACGCUGCGAAGGCAGCAAAGAAGGGAAAGUGGCUUGAUGACGACACGCAGGAGCAGCAUGUCCGAAACGUGGUCUGGACGCUGGAAAACCGUCGCCACUUGCUCGAAACGUCUCGUCGCGAACCGAUCGAUGCUGUUGUCGAGUACGUUCGAGACGGGUCUACGUUGAGGGUGCUCCUGUUGCCUUCGUUCACCUAUGUUACUGUAAUGAUUACGGGAAUCAGGGUAAGACAGUUGAUGAUCGAUUCAGCAUUUGGGGAAUUUGUGUUUAUAAGUGGCUUCAGAAGGUUGUAUGCAACAGUUCGAUGUUAGGU